CGGAGUGCGCGGAAGACAUGGCGGCGCCCGAAGAGUGUGAUUCUGCGACUGAAGCGCUUCAGCCGGCCGCCCAGGAGGAGGAAACAAAAACGUUUAAAGAUCUGGGUGUGACAGAUGUGUUGUGUGAAGCCUGUGACCAGUUGGGAUGGACAAAGCCCACAAAGAUCCAGAUUGAAGCUAUUCCCUUGGCCUUACAAGGUCGUGAUAUCAUCGGGCUGGCAGAAACUGGCUCUGGAAAAACAGGGGCUUUCGCCUUGCCCAUUCUGAAUGCGCUGCUAGAGACGCCCCAGCGUUUGUUUGCCUUGGUUCUCACGCCCACUCGAGAGUUGGCCUUUCAGAUCUCGGAGCAGUUUGAGGCCCUGGGGUCUUCUAUUGGUGUGCAGAGUGCUGUGAUCGUAGGUGGAAUUGAUUCAAUGUCCCAAUCUCUGGCUCUGGCGAAAAAACCACACGUGAUAAUAGCAACUCCAGGUCGAUUGAUUGACCACUUGGAAAAUACAAAAGGUUUCAACUUAAGAGCUCUCAAAUACUUGGUCAUGGAUGAAGCAGACCGAAUAUUGAAUAUGGAUUUUGAGACAGAAGUUGACAAGAUCCUCAAAGUGAUUCCCCGAGAUCGGAAAACAUUUCUCUUUUCUGCUACCAUGACCAAGAAGGUGCAAAAACUUCAGCGAGCAGCACUGAAGAAUCCUGUGAAAUGUGCUGUUUCUUCCAAAUACCAGACAGUUGAGAAAUUACAGCAAUAUUAUCUUUUUAUUCCCUCUAAAUUCAAGGAUACCUACCUGGUUUAUAUUCUAAAUGAAUUGGCUGGAAACUCCUUUAUGAUAUUCUGCAGCACCUGUAACAAUACUCAGAGAACAGCUUUGCUACUCCGAAACCUCGGAUUCACUGCCAUCCCCCUCCAUGGACAGAUGAGUCAGAGCAAGCGCCUAGGAUCCCUUAAUAAAUUUAAGGCCAAGGCUCGUUCUAUUCUUCUAGCAACUGAUGUUGCAAGCCGAGGUUUGGACAUACCUCAUGUGGAUGUAGUUGUUAACUUUGACAUUCCUACCCAUUCCAAGGAUUAUAUCCAUCGAGUAGGUCGAACUGCUCGAGCUGGGCGUUCCGGAAAGGCUAUUACCUUUGUCACACAGUAUGAUGUGGAACUCUUCCAGCGUAUAGAACACUUAAUUGGGAAGAAACUGCCUGUCUUUCCAACACAGGAUGAUGAGGUUAUGAUGCUGACAGAACGUGUGACCGAAGCCCAGAGAUUUGCCCGCAUGGAGUUAAGGGAGCAUGGAGAGAAGAAGAAACGCACACGGGAGGAUGCUGGGGACAACGAUGACACAGAAGGUGCUAUGGGUGUCAGGAACAAGGUGGCUGGAGGAAAAAUGAAGAAACGGAAAGGCCGUUAAUUCUCUUAUGAAGACUCAAUUUCAGCCUUCUGUUCCGUAAAAGGGGAUUGUAGAAGAGAAUGAAACCUCCUUGGUCAGAGUUCCUUAGAUUGGAAUCUGUCAGAAUGAUGUCCAGAACCUCCUCUAACUCAGUACUCGUUCCCCUUCUAUAGAGCUCCAUGACUGCAGACUGACUUUUCCAGCGCUGAGGUCAGCUUUGGGUCCUUGGUCAUGACCUGAGUAGGCUGUGCUCUUCUGUCACUUCAUACAGACCUUUGCUUUUUUAGCUACAGGUCAAGGACUAGGUUGAUGAAGCGCUGGACCCGUUGUUAUAAAGGGAAGAUGCUCCUAUGUCUGUAAAAUGGUGAUCCUUUAGCAGUCUCAGCUUGCGCUUCAUUAAACCUAAUGUGGAAUAAUAAAUUUAAAUAUUAUUUUUAAAAGA